AUGGAUGAGGCAGAGCAGGACCAGCAUGAGGCCCGACUCAAGGAGCUGUUUGACAGUUUUGACACGACGGGCACCGGGUCCCUGGGACAGGAGGAACUCACCGACCUUUGCCACAUGUUGAGCUUGGAAGAGGUGGCCCCGGUGCUGCAAGAGACGCUGCUUCAGGACAACCUCCUGGGCAGGGUGCAUUUUGACCAAUUUAAAGAAGCAUUAAUACUUAUCUUGUCUAGAACUCUAUCAAAUGAAGAACACUUUCAAGAACCAGACUGCACUCUCGAAGCUCAGCCCAAAUAUGUUAGAGGUGGGAAGCGUUACGGACGAAGGUCCUUACCUGAGUUUCAAGGAUCCGUGGAGGAAUUUGCAGAGGUGACAGUGAUUGAGCCACUCGAUGAAGAAGCAAGGCCUUCACGUAUCCCAGCCAGCGACCACAGUGAGAACUGGAAGACGCAGCGCAGCGAGGAGUAUGAAGCAGAAGGCCAGUUAAGAUUUUGGAACCCAGAUGAUUUGAAUGCCUCACAAAGUGGGCCUUCCCCUCCCCAAGACUGGAUAGAAGAGAAACUGCAGGAGGUUUGUGAAGAUUUGGGGAUCACCCGUGAUGGUCACCUAAACCGAAAGAAGCUGAUCUCCAUCUGUGAGCAGUAUGGUUUGCAGAAUGUCGAUGGAGAGAUGCUUGAAGAAGUCUUCCAUAAUCUUGAUCCUGAUGGUACGAUGAGUGUAAAAGAUUUUUUCUACGGCUUGUUCAAAAAUGGAAGAUCCCUUACCCCAUCAGCAUCUACCCCAUAUAGACAAUUGAAAAGGCACCUCUCCAUGCAGUCUUUCGAUGAGAGUGGACGACGGACCACAACCCCGUCUGCGAUGACAAGUACCAUUGGCUUUCGGGUCUUCUCCUGCCUGGAUGACGGGAUGGGCUAUGCAUCAGUGGAGAGAAUACUUGACACCUGGCAUGAAGAGGGCAUUGAGAACAGCCAGGAGAUCCUGAAGGCCUUGGAUUUCAGCCUUGAUGGAAAUGUUAAUUUGACAGAACUGACGCUGGCUCUUGAAAAUGAACUUUUGGUUACCAAGAACAGCAUUCACCAGGCAGCUCUGGCCAGCUUUAAGGCUGAGAUCCGGCAUUUGCUGGAGCAAGUUGAUCAAGUGGUCAGAGAAAAAGAGAAGCUACGGUCAGAUCUGGAAAAAGCUGAGAAGCUCAAGUCUCUAAUGGCCUCAGAGGUGGACGAUCACCACGCAGCCAUAGAGCGGCGGAAUGAGUACAACCUCAGGAAACUGGAUGAAGAGUACAAGGAACGAAUAGCAGCCUUAAAGAAUGAGCUUCGAAAGGAGAGAGAACAGAUCCUACAACAGGUGGGCAAGCAGCGUUUGGAACUUGAGCAGGAAAUUGAAAAGGCAAAAACAGAAGAGAAUUACACCCGGGACCGCCUUGCCCUCUCUUUAAAGGAAAACAGUCGUCUAGAAAAUGAGCUUCUGGAAAAUGCAGAGAAGUUGGCAGAGUAUGAGAAUCUGACAAACAAACUUAAGCGAAAUUUGGAAAAUGUUUUGGCAGAAAAGUUUGGUGACCUUGAUCCCAGCAGUGCUGAAUUCUUUUUGCAAGAAGAAAGGCUGACACAGAUGAGAAAUGAAUAUGGGCAGCAGUGCAGGCUAUUACAAGACCAAGUAGAUGAACUCCAGUCUGAGCUGGAAGAAUAUCGUGCACAAGGCAAAGUGCUCAGACUUCCCUCGAAGAACUCACCGUCAGAAGAACUUGAUAUUAACAGUGGUUGCCUCGAGCCUGACCAGGGGCUUGGUUCUGAAGAAUGCAAUCCAUUGAAUAUGAGCAUCGAGGCGGAGCUGGUCAUCGAACAGAUGAAAGAACAACAUCACAGGGACUUGUGUUGCCUGAGACUGGAGCUUGAAGAUAAAGUGCAUCAUUAUGAAAAGCAGCUAGAUGAAACCAAGGUUGCCUGUAAAAAGGAGCAGGAGAACGUGAAGCAAAAGUAUGAGAAUGAAGUGCACAUCUUGGAAGAACAAAUAAGUGACCUUAAAAAUGAAAUUGCAGAACUUCAGGGCCAGACAGUGGCACUCAAGGAGGUACAACACACGGCUAUCUGCAGACAUGAGGAGGAGAAAAAACAACUGGAAAUGAAGUGGGAUGAGGAAAAGGCUCACCUGCAGGAGGAGCUGAGGCUGGAGCAUGAGAUGGAGCUAAGGGCUAGGCUGCAGCAGGCAGAGGAAAGCUUUAAUGGAGAGAGGGAAAAACUCAUUCAAAAUGGUGCCUGGACAGAAGAGAAGGUGAGAAGCUUGACUCAGGAACUAGAACAAGUUCACCAGGAACAGCUGAAAAGCCUGGUGCAGAAGCAUACUCUUGAGAAAGAGGAAUUGCAAAAAGAGCUCUUGGAAAAACACCAAAGGGAACUACAUGAGGGAAGGGAAAAAAUGGAAACUGAGUGUAAUAGAAGAACCUCUCAGAUAGAAGCCCAGUUUCAGGCUGACUGUCAGAAAGUCGCUGAGAGAUAUGAAAAUGCUCUGCGAAGUCUGGAGGGGCACUACCGCCGAGAGCUGAAGGAGGCCCUGGAACAACAGCGCGAGGAGAGAUCCCAGUGGGAGUUUGAGAAGGAUGAGCUCACCCAGGAGUGUGCAGAAGCCCAGGAGCAGCUUAAAGAGACUCUCCAGAGAGAGAAAGCGACUUCUCUGGUCCUGACCCAGGAGAGAGAGAUGCUGGAGAAAACAUACAGAGAACAUUUGAAUAGCCUGGUUGUUGAGAGACAGCAGCUACUCAAAGACCUGGAAGAUCUAAGAACUGUGUCCGAAAGUCAGCAAAGUCUGCUGUCCAGCCAGAUACUUGAGCUGAAGAGCAGUCACGAAAGAGAACUGAAGGACCGUGAGCAGGUCCUGUGCCAGGCAGGCGCCUCGGAGCAGCUGGCCAGCCAGAGGCUUGAAAGGCUCGAAAGGGAACGUGACCAGGAGAGGCAGGAAAUGAUGUCCAAGCUUCUGGCCGUGGAGAGUGUCUACAGAGCGACCUGUGAGAAAGCAGAUCGAGAGAGGGCUGAGAUGAGCACAGAAAUCUCCAGGCUUCAGAAUAAAAUGAAGGAAAUGGAGCAGGUGGGAUCUCCUCCCUCCAGGCUUCAGAAUGGCUGCCAGGCAGUGGGAAGGGAGGAAGUGGCAGGAAGUGGAGCCAUGUCCCUGCUCCAGCAAGGAGAGCAGCUGUUGGAAGAGAACGGAGGCGUCCUCUUAAGCCUGCAAAGAGCUCAUGAACGAGCAGUGAAGGAAAAUGUGAAAAUGGCAACUGAAAUUUCUAGGUUGCAACAGAGGCUGCAAAAAUUAGAGCCAGAGUCAGUAAUGUCUUCUUGUUUAGAUGAGCCAACUACUGGGUUUUUUGGAAAUUCCGAGGAACAAACAGAGCCAUUUUUACUGCCAAACCGAAUGAAACAAGUAGAAGGUGGAACAAUGCAGCACGUCCUAAGUGACCUGCAAGGCGAUGAGGUCCGGGAUCUGGAAAGUACGGGGACAAGCUCUGGUCAGAGACAGGAGGUCAGAAUAGAGGAGUCUGAAGCAUCAAUAGAGAGUUUUUCUGAGCUUGAAAAUAGUGAGGAGACCAGGACUGAAACCUGGGACCUAAAGAAUCACAUUGGCCAGCUUCAGGAACAACUAAUGAUUUUACGCGCAGACUGUGACCGAGCUUCUGAAAAGAAACAGGACUUACUUUUUGAUGUUUCUGUGCUAAAAAAGAAAUUAAAGACGCUUGAAAGAAUCCCUGAGGCUUCCGCCAAGUAUAAAUUGUUAUAUGAAGAUGCUAGUAGAGAAAACGAGUGUCUUCAGGAAGAGCUGAGAGUGAUGGAGACGCGGUACGAUGAAGCACUAGAAAAUAACAAAGAACUCACUUCAGAAAUGUUCCGAUUACAGGAUGAGCUAAAGAAAAUUGAAGAAUUGACUGAAACAUUCCUUACCCUGGAAAAGAGUUAUGACGAGGUCAAAAGAGAAAAUGAGGAACUGCAUGUUCUGGUUUUGAGACUUCAAGACAAGGUGGAGAAGCUGCAAGAAAGAGCUGUGCUGCCGUAUGACUGCUUCUCCUUAUGGGAAGCCCAUUUAGAUAACCUGGAAGUCGGACCUGAUGAAAAGGUCCUUGAACUAAAUCAGACACCGGAAGAGUGUGUACCAAAGAUUAUGAAUGUACCCCAUAUUAUAGAAGAACAUUGUCAAGAAAACCAGUACCUAGAGCAGGAGAAUACACAGCUCUUAGAAAAAGUAAAAGCACAUGAAAUUGCCUGGCUACAUGGAACGCUCCAGACACAUCAAGAAAAGCCUGGAGUACAGAACCAAGUAAUACUGGAGGAAAACGCUGCUCUCCUCAGCCUUCAGGACAAACACUUUCAGCGCCAGGCCACAAUCACAGAGUUAGAACGGGAGAAGCAGCAGCUGCAGGAGCUGACUAGGAAGUUGAGGGAAAGAGUCACUGCUUUAGUUAAGCAAAAAGAUGUACCUUCUCAAGGAGAAAAGGAGGAAGAGCUGAAGGCAAUGAUGCAUGACUUGCAAAUCACGUGCAGUGAGAUGCAGCAAAAAGUUGAGCUUCUGAGAUAUGAAUCUGAGAAGCUUCAAGAGGAAAAUUCUAUUUUGAGAAAUGAAAUUACUACUUUAAAUGAAGAAGACAGCAUUUCUAACCUGAAAUUAGGGAAAUUAAAUGGAUCUCAGGAAGAAAUGUGGCAAAAAAUAGAAACCGUAAAACAGGAAAAAGCUGCAGUUCAGAAGAUGGUUGAAAAUUUAAAGAAACAGAUUUCAGAAUUAAAAACCAAAAACCAACAGUUGGAUGUGGAAAAUAUGGAGCUUAGCCAAAAAAAUUCUCAAAAUCAGAAAGAACUGCAAGAAGUUAAUCAACGUCUGGCAGAAAUGCUAAGUCAGAAGGAUAAAGAGCCAGGACACAGUACAUGUGAGGAAUGGGAACAAGAGAAGUCUAAUCUAAAAGAAGAACUGGAACACUGUAAAGUGCAGUCUUCCACUUUAGUGUCUUCUCUGGAGGCAGAACUUUCUGAAGUUAAACUACAAAUUCACAUUGUGGAACAGGAAAACCUCCUUCUCAAAGAUGAACUGGAGAAAAUGAAACAACUGCACAGAUGUCCCAAUCUCUCUGACUUCCAGCAAAAAAUUUCUAGUAUUCUAAGCCACAAUGAAAAACUGCUGAAAGAAAAGGAAGCUCUAAGUGAAGAAUUAAAUAGCUGUGUUGAUAAGUUGGCAAAAUCAAGUCUUUUAGAGCACAGAAUUGCUACUAUGAAGCAAGAACAGAAGUCUUGGGAACACCAGAGCGAAAGCUUAAAAUCACAGCUAGUGGCUUCACAGGAAAAGGUUCAGAAUUUAGAAGACACCCUGCAAAAUGUAAACCUGCAAAUGUCCCGAAUUAAAUCUGAUCUACGAGUGACUCAGCAGGAAAAGGAGGCUUUAAAACAAGAAGUGAUGUCUCUACACAAGCAACUUCAGGAUGCUGGUGAUGAGAACUGGGCCCCAGAAAUAGGCACCCAUCCAUCAGGAUUCCAUAACCAACAGCAAAGGCUGUCCUGGGACAAGUUGGAUCACCUGAUGAAUGAGGAACAACAGCUGCUUUGGCAAGAGAAUGAGAGACUCCAAACCGUGGUACAGAACACCAAAGCAGAACUCAUACACUCCCGGGAGAAGGUCCGUCAACUGGAAUCCAACCUUCUUCCUCCUAAGCUCCAAAAACAUCUAAACUCAUCAGGUACUGUGAAGCCCACAGAGCAGGAAAAGUCGAGCUUAAAGAGAGAGUGUGAACAGUUUCAAAAGGAACUAUCUCCUACUAAUAGGAAGGUUAGUCAGAUGAAUUCCCUUGAACGAGAAUUAGAAACAAUUCAUUUGGAAAAUGAAGGCCUGAAAAAGAAACAAGUAAAACUGGAUGAGCAGCUAAUGGAGAUGCAGCACCUGAGGUCCACUGUGAUGCUUAGCCCAUCCCCUCAUGCUUGGGAUCUGCAGCUGCUCCAGCAGCAAGCCUGUCCAAUGGUUCCCAGGGAGCAAUUUCUGCAGCUUCAAUAUCAGCUGCUACAGCCAGAAAGGAUAAACCAGUGCCUGCAGGAGGAACUUGAAAACAGGACUUCUGAAAUCAACACACCACAGGGAAACCAGGAACACCUGGUAACUGUCAUGGAGGAACGAAUGAUGGAAGUUGAACAAAAAUUGAAACUGGUGAAAAGACUUCUUCAGGAGAAAGUGAAUCAGCUCAAAGAACAACUCUGCAAGAAUACUAAAGCAGAUGAGAUGGUGAAGGAUUUGUAUGUGGAAAAUGCCCAAUUGUUGAAAGCUCUGGAAAUAACUGAACAGCGACAAAAAACAGCAGAGAAGAAAAAUUACCUCCUAGAGGAGAAGAUUGCCAGCCUCAGUAAUAUAGUCAGGAAUCUGACACCAGCACCACUGACUUCUACACCUCCCUUAAGGUCAUAGCCAAGCCAAAGGAUAAACACUCAUAAUUGUGCACUUUACUGAAAUGGAUGGAGCAUUUCAGUAUGUUCUCUCAAC